ACCUGCUGAUUAUGAACUACUACCCCUAUCACACUCUCCCAUCUAUGGGCUGUAGUCGUCAGUUCCUGAUGGUACUGGUCCGAGAUGCCUGUGAUGGGAGUUGUAAUCCAGUUUGGAUGUCACUCCUGAUUGGCCUGUAGUUUGCUGUAUGUUUAAAGGUCUCUGUACACGACAGCAGUGUGAGCAUGCAGUGAUUUUGACGCCCCCCAUCCAGAGGGUAAUCCCCCCUGCACGCCCCCCAUGGCCCCUCCCAUACGCGGGGCCAGACGACUUGCAGCAGUGGUCCUAAACUUUUCGGCAGGGAGAGUAGUGCAUACAGUGCCAUGUUCCUAGCGGUGUUGCUCCUGUUCUUCUUAGUGUCCCCGUCCCUGCAGAAGGACAGGGACUUCUACACCUUCAAAGUGGUCAAUAUAAGGGGGAAGCUGGUGGCACUGGAGAAAUACCGGGGAUCGGUAUGUUUGGUGGUCAAUGUUGCCAGCGAGUGCGGAUUCACCGAAGAUCACUACAAGGCACUACAGCAGCUGCAACGCGACCUGGGACCCUACCACUUCAAUGUACUGGCUUUCCCAUGCAACCAGUUUGGCCACCAAGAGCCCAAAAGCGACCGGGAGAUUGAGAGCUUUGCCAGGAAGAAUUACAGCGCAUCCUUCCCCAUGUUCAGCAAGAUAGCGGUCAGCGGCUCAGGAGCCAACGCUGCCUUCAAAUACCUAAUUGAAACCUCGAAGAAGGAGCCGGAUUGGAAUUUCUGGAAAUAUCUCGUUGGUGCCGAUGGCAAAGUGGUGGAUGCCUGGGGACCAUCCGUGUCUGUGGAGGAGAUCAGACCCCAUAUCACAGAACUUGUGAGGAAAAUCAUCCUGAAAAAGAAGGAAGAGCUAUGAAGUUACUUUUACCCUCCACACCCGGGCCGCUCAGGGAAUAGGACACAGCAUUCCCGCUUACGAUGUAAACUUUUACAUGAAUGUCACGUAUGACCAAUCAGAACACUCCGUUUAUAGACAUGUCACUCACUGAACCUCCUCUAGCCACAAUGUCUGAUUGGUUUUGACGGUUGCCAUGGAUAUAUCGAUCCCUAAAGACGUUUUGUCAUCCAUAACCACUUAAGAUGUAGCAUAGCACACGGCUAACGUUUCUCUCAUGAGGCUGCUUUAUGGAGAACGACAGAGCUCAGAUGUUCCAUUCCUUCCAAUACUUAUGGGAGCUGGUAAAGGGUUUCUCCAACAUUCAUUCGCUAUUCUCUUACCAAAGCGUCAUGUAAAUAAUGAUUUGUUUUUACUAACAUCUAAAACGUUCUGCUUAACCCUAUCAAGUAAAAAUGUGGAUAUUGUGUGUGCCUAAUAAAACUGAAACACAUCUACAAGGUG